AUGCAUGAGGAGCAAGUGUCCUUCUCUCUAAGGGUACUUGAGGAAAAGCUACCAAAGGAGUACAAGCCCCCAGCUAUUGGAGAAUAUGAUGGUAGCAAGGACCCAGAGGAUCAUCUCAAAAAUUUUUGGAAUGCUGCACUAAUGCACCAGUACAGCGACGCCAUCAAGUGUCGGGUAUUCUUAAACACCCUAUCAAGCUCAGCACAGAGGUGGUUUGACAGAUUUCCUGCCGGGUCCAUCACCUACUUUCAAGAUUUCAAGAACGCAUUUCUGCAUCACUUUGCCAGUAGUAGGCGAUACCAAAAGAUGAACCAUUUCCUGUUUGCACUUAAACAAGGGUCCGCAGAACCCUUGAAGGCUUACAUCAAAUGUUUCAACCAAGUAGCUCAGGAUGUCCCGUCGACUACUUCUGAUAUUUUGAUAAGCGCCUUCUCUCAUGGUCUGGUGGAAAGGGAGUUCUUUCGAGCCAUUAUUCGAGAGCUCAUGAAGAAUUUUGAUGAGAUGAUUAGGAAGGCAGCCAGCUACAUCAAUGUGGACGAAGCCCAGACGGCUAGGAGGAAAGAAGAUAGACCAUCUGCCCUGCCAACAAAGCAGAAAAGAGACCGCGCCAACCUCCCGCUUGGCCCUUCACCCGUUCCAAAAACGCCUGACUAG